AGCCUAUUUCUACCGAGUCUUAUAUUACACCUGGUAAAUUAACAUAUAAUACCCUAAUAAUGUUAAGGACUUUAGUAAUGCUAAUAUUAUAUCCAGGAGAUCGUGGAAGAGGUCGUGGUAAAGAAAAAUGGUGGAGAUAG